AUGAAGGAGUUCGGUCAGUACAUGCCUCUUGAAACCCAACAACCAGUAAAUCAAUUGGCUAUCCCCACUAGUUUUGCAUCAACUUGUGCAAAUCAUGAUGGUAAUCCUUUAGAUGCAAGUGCUUCUACAAACAAAAAGAGAGAACAUGCAAGUGUUACCUUUCCAAAUGCUCCAGCAAAGAAGAGGAGAGCAAAUGCAAGUGCUCCCAAGUUGACUUCAUAUGUUUGGGAGGUUCUUUCUGCUUCCACUCAUGUCACUAUUCAUACUAUCUUCCACCAACUUUUUGAAAUUCUCAUUGAGCAGAAUCAUUCUGCAAUGAAUCUGAACACAAUUCUUGCCAACAUAGGUUUGGAGAUGAAAAAGAAGUAUGAGAAGUAUUGGGGUCAAGUGGAACACAUAAACCAACUUCUUUAUUUUGGAGUGAUUCUUGAUUCUAGAUACAAGUUGACUUAUGUAGACUGGUCUUUUAAAGACAUGUACCCAAAAGACACUGAUUUGGAUAAGGAUAUCAAUGACGACUUUGAAGUUUCAGAGACUGUUAUAGCAGGCAGUUUAUUAUUGCUGUUUUUGCUUGAGGGUCAUUUUGAAACGAGUCAAGAAUUGUUUCAUCAGAUCAAAUCAUCAUUCUCAACAUUUGCAACCAUCAUGGAUAGCCACGCCAACACCCAUUUCCACGAUUACGAUGACAACCACCAUCAUUCUUCUUCGGUUAAUGGCUUGCAUUUUGAUACAAAUUCUGGAGAUUGUAACACCUGGUGUGGUGAUGGUGGAGGAAAUGACAGAGGUAAUGGAGUGUGCAAAACAGAUGGAAAGAUCUCUUGCUUGGUUGAUUUGCAGAGAAGGGGUGAGUGUCACAAGGUUGAAGGAGGUUUAAUGGCAUUGUUAAGAAACUGUUUGGAGUCUGAAGCUGAAAACUCAAGAAGCAUUUUGUCAGGUUAUGUUGAUCAUUUCCAAAGCAUUGUAUCUGAGGAUGUUGGAUGGGGUUGUGGUUGGCGUAACAUCCAAAUGCUUAGCUCACACUUACUUGCACAAAGGCCAGAAGCAAGAGAAGUUAUGUUUGGUGGUUCAAGAUUUGUUCCUGAUAUUCCAUCACUCCAGAGGUGGCUUGAGAUUGCUUGGGAAAGGGGUUUUGAUGCACCGGGCUCUGAUCAAUUCAAUCAUGCUAUUUAUGGCUCCAAAAAAUGGAUAGGAACAACUGAAUGUGCUGCCCUUCUGCGUUCUUUUGGUCUUCGGGCGAGGGUAGUGGAUUUUGGUCCUAAGGAAUCUGAAGCACUCUAUCUAUCUGUCCCUGGUUCAAGUGUCGGGGCACAAGACCUACUGAGUACUAAUGAUGGAAGGAAGAGGAAAACUCCAAAUAUUUAUGGACCAAUGGAUAGGUAUGUGUCCCGUGGUGUUUCUCAAACAAGUUGUGGCCAAGAUACAUCAUGUUCUUCUCUUAUUCAGUUUCAUGAUGCUGUGGAUAAAGAAAGUUGUGGUGACAAAGUGGUUAGUGCUGCAAAACUAAAUGAGGGUCAUCAAGUUCUUAUGGACUUUGUAUGGAAUUACUUUUCUAAUAGAAGCACAACUCAAUUUGGCCACGGGCGCGUUCUUAUCAGUUCAAAAACGCCCUUGUACUUUCAACAUGAUGGACAUUCAAGAACAAUAGUUGGAAUUCAAGUCAAACAUCAGCGGACUGGAAUUCCACAAUAUAACCUCCUGAUUCUGGAUCCAGCCCAUAGAACGGUGGCUAUAGAAAGAUCACUUAGGGAGAAAGUUGGAUGGCAGAAACUCAUUAAAAGAGGAGUGCACACCCUGAAGAAGCAACAAUACCAGUUGUGUUAUGUUGAUCCUGGUGUUGCUAGUGAGGAGGAGAUGGAAAAGCUGAAGACAAUUGAUAGUGUCUUCCUUGAAUUUUAA